UAUAUACGUGUAUAUAUACUCAUCGAAUUGAUAUUACCGACUACUGUACUUUUAUACAUGCUUUUCGAAAUACCAGUUGUUGGUUGGAUCUCUCCAAAGUUUCUUUACAAGCUUAGUUUUAUGCUAAUGAUAAUAUAGGUGGCGGAAUUGUCACUUUCACUCGAUAGUCUUCUGACAUCUCUUUCUGUAAAACAUUUCAAACAUGAUUUUAUUGUAGUGUUUAGUAAAGUGAGAUUCCUGUCAAUUAUUAUGAACGCGAUCACUUUUAUCGCGAUAGUAUUUUUCGCCGAAUUAUGUUGCGGCACUUUGUCACCACCGACAAAAAAAAUCAAGAAAGAUAAGGGCAAGACCAGCAAAAUAAACAAGGGUCCUUUUGAUCAAAAUGUCUUUCAACGAAACUUGUUAGUGGAAAACCCCAAACAACAGGACAUUCUUCGCGAAUCUGGUCAAUAUUUUCAGGACACAAGACACAGAAGAUUUCAACAAGAUGUCUUGGGAUAUUGUACACCUUGGAAUGGAAAUGGAUUUGAAAUAUCAAAAAUAUUCCAUGGCAAGUUCACCAUGAUAUCGCCUGUAUGGUUGUCUAUUCCAUUUGGCAAUACUUCAAAUUAUCAAUUGUCUGUUCAUUCUGUGCAAACCAAAUGGAUAAAAGAGAUGAAGAAUUAUAACAGCGCUAAUCAUAGUGUCAAAAUUCUACCUAGGGUAAUGUUCGAACAUUGGUCACUAAAUGAUAUUAUUAAGAUACAUAGCAGUACAGAGAAUCAAGCUCAAUUAAUAGUGUCUCUCUUAGAUGCUGCCCAGACGUUCCAUUUCGAUGGAUACGUUCUAGAAAUGUGGAAUCAGUUUGUGUACGCGGGCGCAAAUCUGCCAACUGUUACUUCCAUAGCCAGAUUUAUAGCCCAGAAAUUGAAGAAACACAAUCUAGAUAUUGUAUUAGCAAUCCCACCGUCUAGAAGUGCUCAAGUUGAAUUGUUUGCGAAGCAGCAGUUCGACGAACUUGCGCCAUACGUAAAAGCUUUUUCGCUGAUGACUUACGAUUAUUCGAGCAUUCAACGACCAGGCCCGAACAGUCCUCUCGAUUGGGCCAGACAGUGCGUGGAACUGUUAGUACCAAGAAAAAAUGAUCCUAGACGAUCUCAAGUUCUGUUAGGUAUUAAUUUUUACGGAUACAAUUACACUCCGGAAGGUGGCAGAGCGAUACUUGCGUCCGAAUACUUGGACAUAUUAAAGUCUUUCAAAGGGAAGAUUCAGUGGGACGAGAAAAGUAAAGAACACUUCUUUGAGGCAAAAUUACCUAUAGGAAACGGCUACGUUUUCUAUCCUACGUUGCACUCGAUUAAGUAUCGUCUGGAUCUCGCCGAGGAACUGGGCACGGGAAUUUCCAUUUGGGAAUUAGGUCAAGGAUUAAAUUAUUUUUACGAUCUGUUGUAAAACCUCACAUAUUGAAUAACAUUUUCUAUUUUAUAAUAUAUAUAAUCAGUAUUUUGGUCUACAUUAUCCUAUGUACAGAACAAGAUAUGUUUUGUUGUUAAAAAUAAAAAUACGUUUCAGUAUUCA